AUGGUGAUUUCCACUAAUAUCUAUUCAUAAUCUUUCAAUUUCAAAUCAAAGUCUGAGAAAAUCAAAAUUCUAGAAAAAUAUAGAAUUCCCAAAUACUUCCAAAAUUCCUUCCCAAACACACCACACGCCCAGUAGGAAGCAGCCACACAACACAAUCUUCUUCUCUCGCGUCUCCUCCUCUCUGCACCCAAAGAUUUUCACUGAAAUGGGACACAAAAUCUCCUAACUGAAACCAGAUUAUCUGCAGCUGAAAACAGCAACAAAAUGCAAGUUUUGGCUUCUCAGACUCCCCAAAUUUUAUCAUCAACCACCGACAAAAUUGCUCGCCCGCUUUCUGGGUUGAUUACCACACUGCCGUUUUCUCCUCUGGUGCCCGGGAAAAUCACCAGAUCAUCUUCUUCGUUGCAAUGCAGAGAGGCACCAAGAUAUGCUGCGGGGAGCAGAUUAAUUAGAUCACAUGCUUUGAAUGUGGGAGCUGGAUCUGGUAGCUAUGACGAGAGGCAGGGAAACGACAGCCAGAGCUCCUCUGCCGAACAACAUACUGAAACUUCCUCAAAAAUUGAGAAAUCUCCUGAUCGAAUUCCUUAUCUUUUUCCUAUUGCUGUUGUGCUGUGUUCAUGCACUUUAGCAUUAUUACUUAUUCUUUUGAAGAAUGGGCCUGCAUCAGUCUUACCAGCGCUAGCAAAGUCAGGAUUCACUGCAGCUUUCUCUUUGAUAUUUGUUUCUGAGAUUGGAGACAAGACUUUCUUCAUUGCUGCUCUCUUGGCCAUGCAAUAUGAGAAAGUGCUGGUCCUUCUCGGGUCAGUGGGUGCACUGUCGCUUAUGACUGUCCUAUCCGUCAUAAUUGGUCGGAUAUUUCACUCAGUGCCUGCUCAAUUUCAGACAACUUUGCCGAUUGGAGAGUAUGCUGCCGUAACCCUUUUGGUGUUCUUUGGUCUUAAAUCAAUUAAAGAUGCAUGGGACCUUCCUUCUGCAGUAGCUAAAACCGGGGAGCCGAGCAAUCAGGAAUCUGACGAAUUUGCUGAAGCUGAAGAGCUUGUGAAGGAAAAGGCCUCAAAAAAACUAUCAAAUCCCCUUGAAGUUAUUUGGAAGUCAUUCAGCCUUGUAUUUUUUGCUGAAUGGGGAGAUCGCUCAAUGCUGGCAACGAUAGCCCUCGGUGCAGCACAGUCUCCAUGGGGAGUUGCAAGUGGAGCCAUCAUAGGACACCUGAUGGCGACAUCUCUUGCAAUACUUGGAGGCGCGUUUCUUGCAAAAUACAUUUCCGAAAAGCUGGUCGGAUAUGUUGGUGGAGUUCUAUUCAUUGUUUUUGGGAUCGCCACUUUUUUCGGAGCCUUUUAGCUGCUGACUGUUAGAAUUCAAGCGAACGAGGAGGAAUAUCAGCCAUGGCUUGUUAUAUCUGACUUGCAACGAGACGUGGAGGGCGAGCCGGGGGAGACGAUAUCAUAUCACUAAAUAGCAAGGUUAGGAUGACUUGAGAAUGAAGCAACUAAAUAUGAGCACAUCUUCUACUAAUGUUUCCAACUAGCAAGUUAAGAGUUGCUCAAUUUGUGAAGGCGUGUAUAUGUUCACUUUUGCUAACAUUUUUUUGAUAAAUAAACUUCAGUUCAUCA